AUGACGGCGAGGCCGGGCGCUGUGGUGCCUCCCCCGGCUGCCUUGUCCCGGGCCGCGUCCUUCCCGGUCCAGCAGCGCAUUAUUGGCCCCGGCGCGGGCGCCCCCCUGCGGUCCGUGGGCUCGUUCCAGGUGCGGCACAACAUCGAGGGCCCCCCGCUGAGCACCCGCGGGCCUCCGCUGAGCACUCGCGGCGGUCCUCUGUACUCCGCGCUGCCGCUGGCGUCGGAGCAGCCCCGGAUCGGGCCGAGCGCGCUGGACACGAACAAUUGGGGUGGCACCCGAGGCCUGUUCUUCGAGCCCGAUUUCAGGCUCUCGGACGAGGACCAGUGGCAGUACGUGGGCCGCGGGCGGGGCGGCUACACGAAGGUUCCCGAGUACCGUUUCGCGGGGCUCGGCCAGGGAGACUACGUCAAGGGCGGAGGCACCGUGUACAGCUGGCGGCUCCGCACCAGGUGUCUCCUGUGCCUCGCCCUUUUGCUGCUAGUGGCGGUCGGGCUGUUCCUCUGGCUCCUGUUCGAUCCCAACGACCCUCUCCACGUCGCGGUGCCCAUGGAGCACAGAAGGGUGCACUCGAGAUUCCAUCCCGACGCGGACGGGCGCCAGCAGGGCCACAACACGACCCUCGAGCCGCUGGGAACAGGCUGCCGCACGCUGUGCGAGUACGACGGGAUCUCCGCGCCCUGCAAGUCGCGCGUGCGGUGGGCCGCCGACCACAUCUUCUCCUCCGAGCCGCGCCCGGCCGCGUGCUCGAAGGGCUACGACGUGGUCAUGGUGCAGUGCCCCGUGUGCGCGGAGCGCUCCUCGGGGUGCCGCAGGGAGAGCAUGGGCUGCGCCGCGAAGGAGGGUCCGCCGCCAAGGCCCGUCGUGGGCGACGGGUGCGACAAGAGGUGUGAGCUCGGCGGCAUAGACGGCACCUGCGCCAGCCACGCCGCUCGCCUCGCGGGCAGCCGGUUCGCCGCGCAGCGGCACGGCUGCGCCCUCGGCCUCGGCCUCGUGCUCUACGGCUGCCCCGCCUGCGAGAUGUGCACGCUCGCGGCGUCGGGGUGCGAGGAGGACGGCGAGGCGCCCGCCCUGACCGCGGACCACGGUGAUGCGGACCCCCCCGGCGUGGACGAGGACCUUGACGCGGAGGGCGAGACGGACGAGGCAACACCUGGACUGCCCGACGCCGUCGGGCACCACGCGGGGAGGGCCAAGGACGCGGUGGGGCACGCGGCGAGCAAGGCCAAGGACUCGCUUGGGCACGUGGCCGGCAAGGCGGCGGAGGCGACGUCCCACUGGCACGACGCCGCUAGCCCCCACCUCGAGAACGCCAAGGACGAGCCGCGCCUCGGGUCCGUGUUCCACUGGGGCGGCAGCGCCGCGGACGAGGCCAUCUCCUCCAUGGGCCAGCGCAGGCGGCGGCGGUCCCCCGCCGCCGCAGAGGAGGGGGAGGAGGACCGGCCAGGGGCGGACGCCGGCGAGGGCAAGGAGAAGGACCUGUUCGACUGCAGCGCGAACUUCGAGGACGGGUCCUGGAGGCACAACUGGUCGGCAGGCCACAAGCUCUGGUGCUGCGGCGCGUACGCGCGCGGCUGCGACGGCGAGGACGGCGCCAUCGACUGCGGGGCGGGCGAGCCCAAGGGGUGGACCUCGCAGAAGAGGACGUGGUGUUGCGAGAAGGAGUCCAAGGGCUGCCCGAGCAAGGGAUAGCCUGCGCGCCCAGCGCGCCCCUGGUGGCCUGGGCCGCAGCAGCUCGCGGAGGGGGCGCCUGCGCGGGGCACCGCCCUCGCGCCGGGCCUGGCGCCGCCCGC